AUGGCGGAGAAAUGGCGAAAGUUCAAAGAAGAUAUGAAAAAAAAACGCUUGAGUGGGAAGAGCCAAAAAGGGAAAGAUGUUUCCAAACGUGAAAUAACUGUUCAAAUGUUAAGCGCGGACGUGUCGGGCAAGGCCCAAAAGUAUUCACGUAUCGGCCCAAGGGAAUUUGUCCAGUUAUAUGACGACGACGAUGAAGAUCUAGAUCGAUUUUAUACAAAAGAAGAGAUGACAAUUGAACGAGUGAAGGAUGCAUGCCUGAAACAUUUUGAACCGAAGGUUGGAAACAAUGUUGUAUGUGAUAUUCUUGCCGGUGAGCAAGGACCUUCCUGCGCAUCCUUGAAGCAAAUACCUAAUAUGAAUCUUAUAUACGUCAGAUUCAUAAACAAAAGCUCGACAGCAGAUGCGCCUGUAUUCGUUGAUGAUACUGACCCAGUUCAUCCGCAAAGCACAACUGUAAAACGAAAGGGCCCUAACUCUGUUCCAACUCCAAAAAAAGCUAAAAUCUCAACACCAAUGCCCAAGAGUCUCUCGGUAACCCAUAUGUUGAAACUAGGUAAACUUAUAAACAAGUCUACCACUACCAUCCACUUGUAUGGAUUUAAUUUGGCAGAUAUGAGCUGGUCAUCUUCACCAAGGGCAGUUGAAUUUAGUGUUUCAGAAGAUGUGCUCGGAGAAGGUGCAUUCCGAAAAGCUUAUAAAGCAGAAUCAAAAGAUGAGAGCUUUGCUGGUUCAUGGGUAGUCAAAGAAUAUAAUGAAAAUGCAUUGGAUGUCAUUGCUGAGACCAAUCAAACUCUCGAAACCCAUACAAAGAAGGUUGUACAAAUGCACAGCUUAGCCAAGAACUUUGCAAGCCAACUGAAGACAAGUGUUGAGCAAAAUGGCAUGCAAGAAUCUUUUGGUGAUUGUUUUCAUUAUGGGAGUGUCUACUUAGGAAAAAAAAGUGACGAAUUUGUCACAGUUGAAGAGUUUGUAGAUGGAGAGUUUAGUAAGUAUAUAAACAAUGAUGGCACAUUGUGCAAGAAUGUCAACGAAGUUAUAUUACAGAAAGCAGAGUGUCUUUCUCAUUUUUCUUUUGAAAAAUCCAACAAUCAGGUAAUGGUGUUAGAUAUCCAAGGAUGUGGCUACUCCCUUGUAGACCCAGAAGUUGCAUCAUCUUCCCUCUUUGAUGAAAAUAAAGAAUUACUUUUUACCACAGGGAAUUUGUCAUUUGAAGCAAUUGCAAAAUUUAAACUCAUUCAUAGAUGUAAUGAGUACUGUGAGCUUCUGAAGCUUAAAGUACUUGUAUAG